AUGAAGGAUGAACAUAAUAUUAAAUUCACUGCUCAAGAUUUAUAUGACAAGAAAGCAGAUAAAACUUAUGUGGAUGCAGAACUAACAAAGAAAUUUUCGAAACCAGAUACAAUGACAUUUACAACAGAAAUUAUAAAUGGUGAACCAGCAACUCCAUUUGAAUUUGUUAGAGGUCUUCAACCAGAUACUUUUGAAUUUUUCUUGGAUAAUUCUAUUGAACUAACAUUACAUUAUAAAAGUGGAACAAAUGCAACAUUUCAUCCGGGAGAUACAUUCCAAAUGGUAUUUAAUGACAUAAGUUCUUUAGAAUAUGUUUAUAGAGUUAUGAGCAUAUAUGAUUUAAUAUAUCCUAUAGGAGCUGUUUAUACGUCUAUGAAUCCAAUAAAUCCAAACACUUUAUUUGGUGGUAGAUGGUAUGAAAUAGUUGACAGUUUUCCAUUCUACACUAAUACGCAGUCAAUGAAGAUGGGAGGUUCAAAGAAAAUAGGUAUUGAAAACCUUCCUUCACAUAUGCAUAGGUUCAGUGGAAGAACAUCUGUGGAAGGAAACCAUUCACAUUCAAUAACAAAAAGAGGUUAUACAAAUCUUGCAGCGGGUUCGGAUAGACAGGGAAUGCAUAGAUAUGAUAUCACAACUGACCCCAAAGAUGUUAGCACAGGUAUUUUCUGUGGAACUGCAGGAAAUCAUACACAUGUUGUAGCUGGUAUUACAGACCCAGCAGGUAAUGGAAAAGAUUAUAUGCCUCCUUAUAUAACAAUGCACGCUUGGAUACGAGUUGGUUAA